AAUUAUUACAUUGCUGCAUCAAAUCCGUUUCUUCUACGAAAUCAUAUAGUAAAUCAUAACAGUCACUUUGAACCAAUUAAGUCAUUAGUUGAACGGUAAGUGUUUUUUGUCUAUGUUUAAAACAAGAUCCCUUCGUAAUCGACUGAUCUGGAUUUGAAACUAAAUUAAUUCAUCUUAAUCCAACCUGUUGUUGUCGCAUAUUCUGAUUUUCACUACCCUAAUUUGCUGUUCAACGAAUUCACAAACAUCAAUACUACUCAAAUUAUAUUAAUAUUUAAAUCGAUGGCUCAGUUUCAUCGAUUUCAGUUGUUUCAUCAUUUUAUAACUCGAUACCCCAAAUCAACUCGCAUUGGUUUUGAAUUAUCGAUAAAAGUCUGUGUAAUAUUUUAAACUCAGUUUAGAAUAAUAUUAUAUAGUUAACCUUCGUGAAUCCAUUUGUUGAAGUAGAUGUCAUAUCGUGUAUUUUAACGGUCUUAACGCUGUUGACAUAACUUUCUUUAAACGAAUCACGUUCUAGUACAGUCGACUCUCGGUAACUCGAACCUUGAUAACUCGAAAUUCUCGAUGUCUCGAAUAAUUAAAAUUCCCCUUCAAAUAACAAUUACACUUAAUGUUUAAAUAAUCUUGGUAACUCGAAAAUUAAUUUGACAAAUUUUCGAUAUCUCGAAUUUUCUUAUCCAAAUUUAGUACUAAAAGUAGUUUAUCAAGGCGAUUAUUUUUCGCCUAUCACUUGUUUUGUAAAACCCGACCAUUAUAAUCAACUAAAUGUUUGUAACUUAAACCUUGAUAAUUUCAUACAAUAGAUUUCAUUUUUAGUUCUAUGCCGUUUGUUCGUUUAACCGUUUAUUGAGCGAGUGUAACAGUGUUAAAUCAGUGGUUAUUAUGGCUCAAAAAAGAAAAUUAACAACAUUAUCACUUGCAGAAAAAGUGAACUUACUUAGAAUUAUUGAAAAAGGUGAAAAGAAAAAACAAGAAAUAGCCAAAGAUUUUGGAAUUCCAGCGAGUACAUUAUCUACAAUAAUAAAAAGUAAAGAGGUAAUUUUGAAAAACUUUAAUGAAAACUCGGCAACUCGAAAAAAAAUGAAACCAGGAGAAUACUCUGAUAUAGAAUCCUGUUUAUUAAAAUGGUUUCAACAAUGUCUUGACAAAAAAAUUCCAAUAAAUGGACCCAUUCUACGAGAAAAAGCUGAAGAGUUUGGGUAUAAGUUGGGGCAUGUACAUUUUAAAGCCAGCAGUGGAUGGUUAACAAAUUGGAAAAACAGAAAUAAUGUUGUUUUUAAACAAGUUUGUGGUGAAAGUGGCGCUGUAGAUGUACAAAAAUGUUCCGUAUGGAUAAAUAAUUUACCGAAACUCAUCGAAAAUUAUUCUCCAGACGAUAUUUUUAAUGUUGACGAAACAGGAUUAUUUUUCAAAUGUUUACCUGAAAAAACAUUUAUGUUUAAAGGCCAAUCUUGUUCAGGUGGAAAACAUAGCAAAGAAAGAGUAACACUUCUGUUAGGGGCGAAUAUGUCGGGCACGGAAAAAUUAAGACCACUUUUGAUUGGUAAGUCGAAAAAACCACGAUGUUUUAAACAAGUAAAAUCAUUGCCAUUAGAUUAUCAUGCGAACAAAAAAUCCUGGAUGACGUCUGAAAUUUUUAAUUUGUGGUUAAUGAAAUUAGAUAAAAAAAUGGUCACCGAGAAAAGAAAAAUCUUACUUUUUAUAGAUAAUUGUACUGCACACAAUUUGACUUCAACUUUAAAUGCUAUUCAAGUGCAGUUUUUACCUCCUAAUACUACGUCUGUAUUACAACCAUUAGACCAAGGCAUAAUAAAUAAUUUUAAAAUAUUUUAUCGAAAAGAAAUGGUAAAAAAAAUUAUAUCGGCUUUAAAUGGUAACAAUCAAAUCAUAAUAAACAUAUUGGAUGCUAUACGGCUAUGCGAUAAUGCAUGGCGACACGUAAAAAAAGGAACGAUUGUAAACGGUUUUACAAAAUCAGGUUUUAAAACUUCAAUUGAAAACGAUGAAAACACUCCUUAUGAUCCUUCUGAUGAUAAUAACGAUGAAUGGGAUCAAUUAACGGAGAAAAUAAAUAUUGAUGAAACCUUUACAUCAUACGUUAAUGUCGAUGAAAAUUUGGAUAUUUGUGGAGAAUGGACUGAGAACGAUAUUAUCUCCGAUAUAUUGGACGAAGAUAACCAAGAAGAAUUCGAAGACCAACAAGUACAAUCCACCAUUACAAAUAAAGAAGCAACACUUGCAUUAGAAACAUUACGUAAAUAUAUUGAAGGCAAUGAAGGUAUGGAAGAUUUAUUUAAGCCACUCGGUGUUUUAGAAAAUAGAAUUGAGAACAAUAUAGUGUUAAAUAAACAAAAACAAUUAACUUUACACCAAUUCUUUAAAAAUAAUAACAUGUAA